CUACAUUGUCGUAUCCUCCUCCUCUGUUCCUUCCAUGGUUCCUUCUCUCCUCCUCUGAAAACAACAUGGAAGAAUACGCACGUGAACCAUGCCCAUGGCGCAUUGUAGAUGACUGCGGUGGUGCCUUCACCAUGGGUGCCAUAGGUGGGGCUGUAUUUCAAAGCAUAAAGGGCUUCAGAAACGCACCAUCGGGCGUGAACCGCAGACUUCUCGGCAGCCUAGGCGCAAUCAAGGAGAGAGCUCCCAUCAUAGGAGGAAACUUUGCAGUGUGGGGUGGCCUGUUCUCAACAAUAGACUGCACUAUGGUAAAGAUUCGCAAGAAAGAAGAUCCGUGGAAUUCCAUCACAAGCGGUGCUCUCACUGGAGCGAUCUUGGCCGUCAGAAAUGGUGCAGGAGCAAUGGUAGGAUCAGCGGUUAUAGGGGGUGUUUUAUUGGCGCUCAUCGAAGGUGUAGGAAUAUUGUUUACACGGUACUCUGCAGAGCAGUUCAAGCCUGUGAAUCCACAAAUGGAAGACCCAUCACAACUAGGAGCAUCACCGUUCGGCACCAGUUCACAGUACCAGUGAAUGCAAACAGGCUGCGCACUCGGUGUGUGUGAAGGACUAAUUCUGUGCAGCAGCACCUGCAGUGGAGAGCCGCUCAACCCGCCACAGUUUUUGGAAAAUAUUGUUAGUUAGGCAGCCAUGAGCAUGGUUUCAUGUGCAUAUUUAAAUUCACUGAUGAAGACUUCUUCCAGAGAGAGCCACUUCCACAUAGUGGAUAAGCGGCAACUCUAAUAAAGGAAAUGGAGUAGUUGUCC